AUGGGUCGCAACCAAGUCAAAAUAAAUCAGCAAAUCUAUCGAGACAAAGUCUUAAUACCUGGGCUGAUACCGUGGGCACGUAACACGUUCGGUUCUGAGCGUUGGACUUUCCAGCAAGACUCGACACCAUCGCACAGAGCAAUUGGAACGCAAAAUUGGUUGAAAGCGAACGUUCCAGUGCUGAUCGACCGAGACUUUUGUAUUUGGGGUAUUUUGCAGGCCAAGGCUUGUGCUACAAAACACACGUCGGUGGAAGCGCUCAAAGAUAGUCUUACGCGAGAAUGGAAUUGUUUAAGUGAUGACCUCGUUUGA